AUGGGCUGGGUAGGAGUGGUGACGCUUCUGGCGACCGCAUGCUAUUUGCUUUAUCGAUAUCCUCCAGCAGCAUGGAACCAAGAAUCUUUCAUCCCUCCGCCUCAACGGCCGGAAUCAACCUCCGGUGCGACGCCCACAACGCCCUCCUCAGAAGAUGUGAAUACACCAGAUGAUGCUUCGGAGGCGUCAAAGGAUGCAAGUGGGGAUACAGGAGAUUUGCAGUCCACCCCCAAGGCGUCAGCAACAAAUGCGCCCGCGCUCGAUGUCCCAACCCUGCAGCUUGCCAGUGACGACGACCAGGCUGACAAGGCAACUGGGACACAAAAGCAAAAUGACCGACAGCAAACUACAAACAACUCGGCGCAACCGCUGUCAGCUUCUACACCUAUCACCUCAAACGGAAUAAAAUCGAUCCCCAUGCCGCCUCCACAGAGCACCGCAGCCAGCACCUCCUCCCUGAUGCCGCCCCCUCCCCCUCCACGCCUACGCCCCUCCACACAGCAGAACCAGCAAGCACAAUCCUCCUCCUCCUCCUCUUCCUCACUAUCUCCCGGACGCUUCCCCCCACGUCCCAGUGCAGGCAGCUCACUCUCUCCGCCACCAUCGGCCGCCGCCUCCUUGCGCGUGCCACCGGGUAGCCGCCCCGCAAGCAACAACACCCUCGCGCCCAUCUCCCUCACACUGAAACCCUCCAAGGCGGCGAAGAAGGCUGUGCUGGAGCCGGGGUUUUCGCCGCUCGACUGGGCCGCGCUCACAGCGAACCCGAAUAAUAACUUGCGCGGAGCGAAUCUGCCCCCGUCGCUCAUUCGGGUGACACCGUCGAUGCUGAAGGCGCAGAAUGGGCGCAAGGGUCGCGAUGCGUGGACGUCGUACCAAGGCAAGGUGUACAACAUCACGCGGUAUCUGCCGUUCCAUCCAGGCGGCAAGGGGGAGCUGCUUCGGGGUGCGGGCAAGGACUCGGCGAAACUGUUCAUGGAGAUCCACCCGUGGGUGAACUGGGACGCUAUCCUUGGGGAAUGUCUCGUGGGUAUACUCGUUUCGGGGAAUGAGGUGAGCACCGACGAGAGCCAUCUCGACGCGAUGGAUUGA